CAAGUCUGGUGGUAAUCUCUUGUUAGAGAUUCGCUUCCUGACUUUUUCGGGAGAUCCACAGAACUAAGAAUCAACCUUUACUACUUCAAUUUUGAAAAUCUAUAUCCACAAGAUGCGUUUGAUCCUGCUGUCUGUCGUUGUUCUUCUGGGUCUGGCCUGCACAUUUGCCUUGGAAAAUAAUGGAGCCAAUCUGAGGGAUCUGCUGGGCGUGACCGAUCAGGGAGAUGCCCACGCCGAGGCUGAAGUGCGUGAGGCACGAGGAUAUAGACAUGGAGGCCGACAUGGACGUGGUGGUGGACGCCGCGGUGGACGCUACGGUGGACACCACCGGGGAGACAGAUAUCGUGGCUAGUCUACAGCUCUGAACUUUUAUUGGCAGAUCGUGUUUUAUGAUUUGACAUUUUUAAAAUAAAGGAAUGUUAAAAAACAAGUAACAUUUAAUAAGACUAACAUUAAAUGUUACUUGUUUUUUAACAUUCUUUUAAUUUUUAAUUAAAGUUCUUAAGACAUUUUUUUAAUAUUUCUAAGUAAUGUUUUUUAAGUUAGAAACACACAUAUCAAAACCAAGAAGUAUAAUUAUGAAAUGAAGUAGAUUGAAAGUUAUUGGUAAAUAAUUUUAUAAUUGCUGAAAUUUAAAAACGGAUUCAAAUACAGAAUUUAGAAUAGUUUCUUUAAUUAAAAUACUUGUAAAUAAAUUGCUUCUUUUUAAUGAAA